AUGUAUAGGUUCAGCAACACAGUGAUAGGGUUCUUGAACCUUUUCACUCUCUUAGCAUCAAUACCCAUAAUUGGAGGAGGUCUAUGGAUGGCAAGGAGCAGCACCACAUGUGAAACCUUCCUCCAAACCCCGCUUCUGGUGGUGGGUUUUGUUGUGCUCAUCAUAUCUCUAGCAGGCUUCAUUGGUGCUUGCUUCAAUGUGGCUUGGGCACUUUGGGUGUACUUAGUGGUUAUGUUGCUCCUAAUUGCAACCCUAAUGGGUUUAACUGUGUUUGGGUUUGUGGUCACAAGUCAAGGUGGUGGAGUGGAUGUGCCUAGUAGGGUUUAUAAGGAGUACCAUCUUGAAGAUUACUCACCAUGGUUGAAGAAUAGGAUUAAGGAUCCUAACUAUUGGACUAAGAUUAGGAGUUGCAUAUUGGGGUCCAAGACUUGUGCUAAGCUUAUUGCUUGGACCCCUCUUGAUUAUCUUGAGAGAGACAUGUCUCCCAUACAGUCUGGUUGUUGCAAACCACCAACAUUAUGCAAUUACAACAUGGCAACCACAGUGAGUCAAGACCCGGACUGCUACCGGUGGAACAAUGCGCCCAACUUGUUAUGCUACGAGUGCGAUUCAUGCAAAGCUGGAGUACUUGAAGACAUCAAAAGAGACUGGCACAAGCUCUCUGUCCUCAACAUUGUCAUGCUUGUGGUCCUCAUUGGAAUCUAUUCAAUUGGGUGCUGUGCUUUCCGGAACACCCAGAGAGCUGAAACGGACCACCCGUAUGGUCAGAACCGGAUGUCCAAAGUUCGACCCAGAUGGGAUUACUAUUGGUGGAGAUGGUGGCAUCACAGAAAAGAACAGCUUUAUUAG